CGCUCAUCCCCAUACUCCCCAGUCUUGUUUCAUAUCGCGCCGUUUACAGCUGAGCUCCUGGCUGAGGAUCCGGGUGUGUGUAUGUGUGUGUGUGUGCGUGCGUUAUGAGCGCUUCAUAUUCGCACUGGAUACAGAAAAAAAAAACACACACACACACUCUCCUGCCAUAGAAGAAGAAAAAAAAAAAAAAAAAACUACAUGUGUGUGCGCUUGAGUGUGUGUUGGCUUAGUCACGAAUUACACCUGAGCCGGGCGGGCAUGUAGUUAACCGGGUUCCUGGGCGUGGGGAGGACGAAGAAAGCCGCUCGUCUACUUACUUGUCGUGGGAAUAUUGUUGAAGUAAACUUCAGCGGUGACUGCAGCAGCUGCGCAGCUCCGCCGCACAGUCGUUUCGCUCCGGUUCGCCUCGCCUGGACCAGUUUUCCUCACACCAGGAUGUAAAUUUGGGAACUUUUUGAAGGACCGGUGACACACGGGACGAGUUUUAUUGUCCAACUUUUGCUAUUUUUUGGGGGAAUAUAGUGAGAAAACACGACUGUAGCAGUGAGAGGGACAUCAGCGGCAGAUUCAGAGGAGAGGAGACUGAGGUGGUUCAUGUCAUCAGACUUCAACAGGCCUGAACGCUCAACAGGAGAGUGAGGCGGUUCAUGUCAUCAGAGAUCAACAGGCCUGCACACUGAACAGACAUGAUGGAGCGGUGGUGGGCGUGGCAGUUGGCCCUGGUCACCCUGGCAACCAUUUACCUCAGCCCCUCCCACGGCCAAAACGCCGAGUUCCUCUCUGACACCCUGAUCAACAACGUGGUGGCCAACCCUCGUACGGGCCGGCUGUACGUCGGCGCCGUCAACGCCCUAUACCAGCUGAACCCCAACCUGGAGGUCGAGUCCCGCACCGAGACGGGGCCCAAGCGAGACAACAGGCAGUGCACGCCGCCCGUCACCGACGCCUGCGAGGAGGCCACGGACACCAACAACCACAACAAGCUGCUGCUGGUCCACGAGGCCAAGGACGUGCUGGUGGUGUGCGGCAGCGUCUUCAGGGGCAUCUGCUCCCUGAGGAACCUGAGCAACGUGGAGGAGCUGCUCUACUUCAGCGACACCAAGGGGGAGAAGUCGUACGUGGCGAGCGCCGAGGAGAGCGUCUCCGUGGUGGGGGUGAUGUCUUACUUCACCAAGGAUAGAGACAACUUCACCGUGUUCCUGGUUGGUAAGGGGUACGGCAGCCAUGACAGCACCAAGCUGAUCUCCACGCGCAUCCUCGAGGACUACAGCGACUGGGUGGUCUUCGACAGCAUCAUCGAGGCCUCGGCGGUCCAGGCCAACCCAUUUUUCCUGCGGUACCUCCACGACUUCCGCUUCGCCUUCAAAGACAACGGCUUCGUGUACUUCCUGUUCUCGCGCACGCUCGGCGUGCAGGACACCAAGAAUUUCACCUUCAUCUCCCGGAUGUGCGAAGACGACCAGGGUUAUUACUCGUACACCGAGCUGCAGCUCAACUGCAGCGCCACCAACACGUACAACAAAGCUCAGGCUGCUUAUGUAGCAGCACCAGGUGAAGCUUUGGCUCAGAAUAUGACUAAAUCCGGCCUGUAUGGACCCGUCUCAGCCUCUGACAAGGUGCUGUUUGUCACCUUCACCUCUGAUGAAGACCCGACUACUUCGGCCAUGUGUAUGUACCCUCUGCGCUCUAUUAAUAAGAGGCUGGUGGAGAUAAUAGGAGCCUGUUACAGCAACAACGGCAUCAUUAACGAGAAGUCUGCUGUCUACUCGCCUUACUCCUCCAAGUCUGAAGAGCUGUGCGGCAGCAGCAGUAAUCAGAAUGACAUGGCCAUCAAAUACAAAUGCGGAGCCGAGUUCCUGCCUUCCCCGAUGGCCAGCAAGGCCGAGUUCGCCUUAACAUCGGAUCCCUCGUUGGUGCGUAAGGGUCACAUGACGGCUGUGGCCGUGGCCGUGGAGAUGGGGCACGCUGUGGCGUUCCUGGGCACCGCCACCGGAGAGGUGCUGAAGGUGCAUCUGUCGGCACAUCCCGAGGUGUACGGGCGAGCGCCGGGCGACGUCACAGGAGACAAGGUCAACAAGAACCUGUUGUUCGAUUCCAGCCUCCGACACCUGUACAUCACCACAGAGAAAAAGAUCACCAAGGUUCCGGUCCAGGCCUGCCACCUGAAGACGGACUGCCAGUCCUGCGUCUCCAUGAAGGAUCCGUACUGUGGCUGGUGUGUCCUGGAGGGAAGGUGCACCAGGAAGCAGGAGUGCAGCAGGUCGAGGGAGGAGAACACCUGGCUCUGGUCGCCCAAUCAGCAGUGUGUUCAGAUCCGGGCCUUCGACCCGCCGAACCUCAGCUGCAGGAAGACUCAGCAGGUUGUCAUCAGCGUCCCCACCCUCCCCAGACUGAGGCCGUCCGACUCCCUCCAGUGUGUGUUCGACACCUACGUCACCGGAGCCGUGAUGAACUUCGGCGAUCCGGUGCAGGUCACCUGUUCGCUGCCCAACCCCGGGGAGAUCCCGCCCACCCCCGACCAGCAGGACUAUGUGUCUGUCCCAGUCAAGGUUAUGGUAAACAACAAAAUUGAGGUGACGUUUGGAGAGUAUCACUUCUACAACUGUGCCGCCACAGUCAGGAAGAACCAAAACACACCGUGUAUAGCGUGUGUGACCAGUGAGUGGGGAUGUCAGUGGAACGCUCAGGAUCACAGCUGCAGCGACAGCAAUGACGUCGUGGGUGGAGGUCACAUCGUCAAACCACAACAGCCUGACAGCUGUCCUCAGUUCGAGUCUCCGGAGCCGCUGUUGAUCCCCGUCGGCUUCGAGAUCCCGAUCGGCUUCCAGGGAAGGAACCUGGGCAUCUACAUGGGCCACACAUUUGCCAUCGGGACGGAGCUGAUGAAGUACACGGAGGAGGAGGUCAUGCAGGAGCAGAGGUCAAAGUUCAAAUUCACAGGUUACGAGUUUGCCUAUGACAAGCAGCAGGAGGUGAACGUAUCCUUCCACAUCAAAGACAGAGACACUGAGAGGAAGAUUGACAGCACCCUGACAGUCGUGCUGUAUAACUGUUCCGUGGGAAGAGAAGACUGCAGUCUGUGUAAACACGCCGACGCCAAGUACCAGUGUGUUUGGUGCGCCGCCUCGCGCACCUGUGUUUACCGGGAACUCUGCCCGUCGCCGCAGCCCGCUCAGUGCCCCAACCCGGAGAUCACUGAUAUCAUCCCUCGCUUCGGUCCUCUGAACGGUCGGAUCUCCGUGACCAUCAAAGGCUCCAACAUGGGAAUAAAGAAGGAAGACAUCAAGAAGAUCACGGUGGCCGGAGUGGACUGCGUUCACCAGCAGGACAGAUACUCCGUCUCCACCAGCGUGGUGUGCGAGAUCGGCCCGGCGAGGCGAGUUCCUCCGUUCGACCUCCCGGUUGAACCGACCAACAGCGGAGCGGUGCAGGUAGAGGUGGAGGGAGGGAGGAGCGGCACGUCGCAGGUCAUCUUCACCUACCGGGAUCCCAAACCACAAUCCGUCCACCCGGUGAGGGGUCCGGCCGUUGGAGGGACCGUGAUCACCAUCCGUGGAGAAGACCUGGACACGGCGACCAAAGACGACGUCGCCGUCACUGUGGGCGGCGUCCCCUGUGAAGUACUGUCGUUCGGGUCACAGAUCACCUGUAAGACCGGCAAGUACCGGGGGCAGAAGGUGCCCUCGGACUGGUUAACACUGACGGUGAGAUACGGGAGAAACACCACCAAAGACGUGGCGGGAGCGUACCAGUACUCUGAGAACCCCAAGAUCACAGACUACUACCCCAAAGCCAGCUUCAUGUGCGGCGGUCGAAAGAUUGUGGUGGUGGGAAAUGGUUUUGACCUGAUCCAGAGAGCCACGAUGAAAGUCCUGCCCUCUGCUGACGAGUUCUCACAGGCCACUGCUCCGGUAGAGUUUGUCCAGGACACUCUGAGUAAGAACGACACCGUCCUGCAGUUCUACUCUCCGUCGGUGAACGCCUCCCUCGACACCCAGUCCCUCAGGACGUACCUUUACCUGGACAACGGGAUGGAGGAGCUGAAGAACUUCGACUACCACCCCAACCCCAGCUUCAACGAGCUCGCCAAGAACGUCAUCACCGAGACCAGCAUCAUCAUCGUGACGGGUCGAGGUUUCUCCAAGGCGAUGACGGCCAAAGAGGCUCAGGCGUUCGUUGGCGACGCCUCCUGUCACGUUAACAUCCUGCAGGACGAUAAGCUGAUCCUGGAGGCUCCUUCGUCGCAGCCCAGAGCCAGGUCCAAACGCCAGCGCAGAGACACAGCCAACGACCUGCUGGAUCUAGUGGUGAAGUUCGGUCACGGCGAGUGGAUCGUGGGUUCAGUCUACUACGCCAGAAAAGACGACAUUCCUCUGGCCAUAAUCAUCCCUGCCGUUAUCGUACCGAUGCUGCUCUUCAUCGCCGUGUCCGUCUACUGCUACAGGAGGAAGAGUCAACAGGCAGAACGAGAAUACGAGAAGGUCAAACACCAACUGGAGAACCUGGAGGAAAGCGUCCGAGAUCGCUGCAAGAAAGAGUUCACAGAUCUGAUGAUUGAGAUGGAGGACCACACCAGCGACCUGAGCGAGGCCCGGAUCCCUUUCCUCGACUACAAAACCUACACGGACCGAAACUUCUUCCUGCCCUCCAAGGAGGGAGGCGCCAACGACACCAUGAUCACACAAAAAAUACAAAUCCCAGAAGCCCGCAGGGCCAUCGUGGCUCAGGCGCUCAACCAGUUCUCCAACCUGCUGAACAGUAAAACCUUUCUCAUCAACUUCAUCCACACGUUGGAGAGUCGUCCGGACUUCAACGCCCGCGCUCGUGGUUACUUUGCGUCGCUGCUGACGGUGGCGCUGCACGGCAAGCUGGAGUAUUACACGGACAUCAUGAGGACGCUGCUGCUGGAGCUGAUGGACGAACACGUGCAGAGCAAGAACCCCAAGCUCAUGCUGAGGAGGUCAGAGACGGUGGUGGAGAGGAUGCUCUGUAAUUGGAUGUCCAUCUGUCUCUAUCAGUUCCUCAGGGACACAGCUGGAGAGCCGCUAUACAAACUGUUCAAGGCCCUCAAGCACCAGGUGGAGAAGGGCCCGGUGGACGCCAAGAUGAAGAAAGCCAAAUACACCCUGAACGAUACAGGACUGCUGGGGGACGACGUCGAGUACUCCGUGCUGACCCUGCAGGUGUUGGUGCACGGGGAGGGACCAGAUGUGACUCCAGUCAAGGUGCUGAACUGUGACACCAUCUCCCAGGUGAAGGAGAAGAUCAUCGAUCAGGUCUACAGGAAUCUGCCGUACUCACAGAGACCGAAGGUGGAGAGUGUCGCUCUGGAGUGGCGUCCUGGCUCCACCGGUCAGAUCCUGUCCGACCUGGACCUGACCUCCCAGAAAGAGGGGCGCUGGAAGAGACUCAACACUCUGGCUCAUUACAACGUUCGGGAUAACGCCACGUUGGUUCUGUCCAGAGUUCUGCACACACAGUCCUUCCACCAGCACCAAGACAGCCAAGAAGAGAAAAACGCUCUGCUGGAGGACGACAACACCUUCCACCUGGUGCGACCGGCGGAUGAGAUCGAUGAGGUGAAGUCAAAGAGAGGCAGCAUGAAGGACAAGGCCAUGACCAAAGCCAUCACUGAGAUCUACCUGACCAGGCUGCUCUCCGUCAAGGGAACCCUGCAGCAGUUUGUGGACGACUUCUUCCGCAGUGUGUUGUGCUCGAGCUCCGUCGUCCCUCCUGCCGUCAAAUACUUCUUCGACUUCCUGGACGAGCAGGCGCUGAGGCACGACAACGUGGAAGAGGAGACGCUGCACAUCUGGAAGACCAACAGCUUGCCUCUGCGGUUCUGGGUGAACAUCCUGAGGAACCCCCACUUCAUCUUCGACGUCCACGUGACGGAGGUGGUGGACGCGUCGCUGCACGUCAUCUCUCAGACCUUCAUGGACGCCUGCACCAAGACGGAGCACAAGCUCAGCAGAGAGUCUCCCAGCAACAAGCUGCUCUAUGCAAAAGAGAUUUCCACAUACAAGAAGAUGGUGGAUGAUUACUACAAGGGCAUCAGACAGAUGGUUCCAGUCAGUGACCAGGACAUGAAUACACACCUCGCUGAGGUGUCCAGGCAACACACAGACAAGCUGAACACCCAGGUGGCCUUACAUCAACUGUACCAGUACGCCAGCAAGUACUACGAUGUGAUCAUCCAGUCACUGGACGAGGAUCCAGCAGCCCAGAAUAAACAGCUCACCCUCCGCCUCCAACAGAUCGCUGCCGCCCUGGAGAACAAGGUCACUGACCUUUGACCUCUGACCUCAUGGAGGGGUCAGGGAGAGGAGCUAACGGCUACUAAAACACAGGAUGUUGUUUUCCAUUUAAGGACUCAAAAGAGGACGAGCUUGCGGACUCUUCAGAAUGUUUGACCAUAUAAGGACUGAAGUGGGAGGGGCUAGUGGAGCCACAGGAAGCUGUUGACCAUAUAAGUACUGAAUGGGAGGAGGUAUGGGACUCCAGGGGGGGAGAGGAUUGGAGAUUUUGGACAAAUGAAGUGUUAAAAUGUGCUCAGAGUGGUGGAAAGUAAAGAGCUAUCUGCUGCAGUUGUAUGGCGGACUUCCACUUGGCAUCCCAAAACAAACACCAAGGAGGGAUGCAAAAUGGCAACCGUAAUAUGGCUGCAGAUGGGAGCUCUGUGAAAUCAAAGGGUUAUUUUUAUAAUGGUAGCUAGGGGUGCUCGGUUGGUGUAAUCCUCGGACCUAGCUGGACGAUGUUUCCGUGUUUGGCUUCUCUACACCACAAAUUUUGAUUUUACCAUAUAGGGACUAAAGAAAGAAAGUGCCACACAAGGAAUGAAGAUUGAAGAUUUUUGGAUAACUGAAGAAUAUGAGUGAGUGAGUAAAAAAAAAAAAAACAUCACCAAGUAUUUUCUUUUUGCCACUUAACCCUUUUUGGAAGUUGGGAUUGGAAGCGCACAGUACUGGAGGCGUUGUGACCACUUUUCCCAUCUUACUUACUUACUGCUGAUCUGAGGUCAGUUUGUCUUGUCUCCAUUCUAAAUGGUAACUAGGAAAUCUGAUCACUUGUCAGCAGCAGAGAACAGUUCUCAUCCUAAAGCAUGAAAAUGCUUGGAUGAACUUUUACCUGGAAGCGAGCUUAAGUAAAAAUAAUCAACCAAUGAAAACCCACUACGGUACAUACCACUGGCCAAUCAAUGGUCUUGACGGCACAACUGAGGAGAGUAUAUUCAGGGUACGAUGAGUUAAUUUAAACCCAAAAAUCAAACCACCACAUAGGCUUUUCUUGUAUCAUGGCCAAAUCAUAUCAGAUUAGCUGCAGUAUGUGCUUCUACGCUGAUGACACUGUGCUGUUGAUUCGAAUCGCAGCUGAAUAAUUUCAUGUUGUUUAGUUUGUCUAGUAUUAUUCUUUGUGUGCAGGCUUUAAGCAGAGGCUUUGCAUUUCCAUAUACAACAUGAAAUUUAUCUUUUUAACGGACUGUUACAGUUCCACUUAGUUCUUGCUUUCAUUAAGUGUUAAUCUGAGUGGUCCACGAUGUCAUAUGCUGUGCGUAAGUAUGUGGUGAGGACCAGCUUGUUUUUACUUUCUGUGAAAAAUCAUGACUGCCUAAUCAUGUGGUCUAAACAGCCAAACACUUUAAGUGAGACUUGUUUUUGUUUUUAUACUAUGUAUGAUUUGAAUUCUUUUGUAAUACUCCCUUCAUAGAUAUUGCUGCAUUUUUUUUUUCUGUUUGCACACAUUAGAAGAAAUUACUUAAGUGUCUUCUGAAGACAGGGUAUACGUGGAUCCUUCAAAAAUGCUUAAAAUUUAUCGGAAAUUAAGGUGGUUAAGUGUUAAAAUGUAUUCAAUCCAGUUAUUAUACUGUAGGUCAUAUUCCUCCAUCAUGCAUUGCCAAAAAAAAUAUGCAUUCAAUCAGUUUUACCAGACACAGACUGAUUUCACCAGAGUAAAGCAGGCACAAUACAUUUAAAACACACAGCCAAAAAUAUGAAUGUCUCCAAAAAAUGAAUGGCCCUUAUCCAUGGAAGAUUUAAAAUGCGUAAAACCAUAUCAAAUAAAAAAAUAAAGUAAAAUACAAUAUUUUAAUUUGGCAUAGAAAUUCAUGUUGCAAUGAAAAACAAUUCAUUCAGCCAUUUAAGACAAAUAAUUUUUCUUUUAACAAUUUCUUAAAAUUAUGACCGUAAUUAUAUACAUAAAAAGGAAAUACAUAAUAUUAUGUUUAUUGUAUUUCACUUUAUUUCUUUAGUUUAUUUGUUUUUAUUUUUGUAUUUUAAGUCUUCCAUAUUAUUGUACAAAAAUGCCUGUGUGCACAUAAUUGUUUCCUAUCACCUGCAACAACUCCAUGGAUAUGCAUGUGCCUCCUGAUUAUUGCCUUCUCCUUAUUCUGUCCAUUAAAUGUUUCAUUAAUGUUCAUGAAGUUUGUUUAAUCGGAAAUAGGCUGGUUUUGUUUUUAGCUCUCGGGAAUGAAAUAUGUUAAUGUCAACUGUUACAGAGAGAUAUGGGAGAAAAAACUAAAUUUUAAAUACAUAAACAAUAUGAUCAUGUAUAUUAUCAACCACUCUGUAAAUGAGUGAACUGUGGACCAAGUUAUUAGAAGAUCUGCAACAGUCUUUGGGUUUAAGUACCAUUACACAGCUGAAGUGUAAAUGAACUCAUUUAUCUUCUCUGAAGCCACAUAUUAGUCAUCGUCACCAUAGAAUCAUUAUCUGCAUUAUUCUUUGCCUUCUGAGCCCAGACGACGUGCUUUAUGUAGUGCUUGAGUUAAUAUCAAAGAAUAAAUAUGCAGUUUGUAAGUUGAAUGAUAAACCCAAUGUCUUUUGGGGAAGAAGGAUUUCUCUCACUGCAGAAGUGCUUUGUGUUUUGUUUUGGGGUUUUUCAGUGGAAGCUGGUAUUAUUGAUUCCUAUGAGCUUUCAGAUCUUAAAAACUGCAUGUUUAAAUUCUGAAGCAAUACGACCUUAAGGCUGGUGCUGUAUCUUUGUACUCAUGUCUCGAAUUCCUUAAACUGUGGAUGGAUACACCGCAAGCUUUUGACCAGAUUUGGCACCACAUGACCUCCAGAUACAAAGACUGAAAUAAACACAUCUUAGCCUGUUUUCUUUUUUUACUUCUCAUAAACUUUCUUCUGGGCAUUUUUUUCUCAGAAAUUUGCUUAUGAAAGCCACUUCCGUGCCAAAUAACUUCAAGUAACUAUUGUGUGUGUUGUAGUGUGUGUAAUUUCCAAAGCUUGGACUGUCAAGUGAGUUGUGUGUUUGAUGAGUGUAGCCAGAAAUGAGGGGAACAAACAAUUGUGUAUUAAAUAAUCUGGUGGUACUUUUAUAAAAACUGUGGAAAUGUGAAACUUUUUGGAGGUUGUUUUCAAUGUCGGUUCAGAUGUUCAGAUGUCAGAAGACCUUGCGCAAAGUUUCACCAGCUUUCAAAGCAAACUGCCACAUUUGUUUUAAUGUUUAGAUCUUUAAAUCCUUUUGAAAAAAAAAUGUUUCACAUUGUGUUGCUGACCUGAAAGCGCAAUCUCUACUCACUCUACAAAUAUAGUGUAUUAAAUGUAAAAUAUAAGACAUCAGAUGUAUGUUGAAAACAAUAUUUUACGCAGCUUAUAUCUUAAAAACGUCUCUAUCUCUAAUUCUCCCCCAACACUUGCUUCUUUCUGCCUUCUUUUUGCCACCAGCGAGUGCCUUAAAGAGUAGAACUGAAAGUAGAUCUGGAAGGAAAAGCCAAAAAAGACGUCUAGAAGCGCACAUAGGAAGUUUACUGCUUGUUUGUUAUGAACUGGAAGACCACAAUGGAAAACAGGAGCUGUAUGUAAGUAUUUUAGAGAUGGCAAAGUUGGUAGUGUCUAAUGUUUUUAAAGCUUGUGCAAAUACAAAUUUACACCAUCACUAUGAUCAACCAUGUUGUUCUGGAAUCUAAUUCUCAAAACCAAACAAACGGGAUUAAUGUUGUAACUUCUCAGAAACCAUUUAAUAAAUCAGUAUCAGAUGUGCAUGGCUAACAAAAGUAAAGUGCAGCGUUUUCUGAAGACAGGGCAGGAGCUAGUUGUACCAGCUGCUGGUAAGUUAAAACUUAGCCUUGUUCUAAUGUAAAGUGUUUAAUAAGGACUUUCACGUCACAAAAUUUUGCCAAACUGAUAAAACUGUUCAACAACGAUGCAAAUCAUGAUUUUGAACAUACCUGAAAUUAUAAAAUGUUAUGCAAGUAACAAAUAACCAUUAGGUCAGCAUAAUCAGAUAUUUCUUGCUUGUUCUAAGCUAUGAAUACUACUAGCUCUGAAACAAAUACUUCUACUACUACUACUACUACGUCUCUAAAACUGUCAUUUUUGGAAGUAAUGCCAGCUUGUAAUUCUACAGUGGACAGUGCUGCGUUCUUGUUACACAUUAAAGUAUGUACAGUACUAAGACAUUCAUGUCAUUAAUUUGUAAUGAUGCAGUCUAAUUUAUUAAAUCACUAGUUUAAAACUAGCUUGUAGUUACUUGGGAGGACUUCUUGUUCAAAUUUAGUAAUGGAUUUAUGAAUAGCUGGUGCAGCCCAGUCCAUGGUCCGCUUGCCUAGCUAACCUCUGUCAUGCUAGCUUCUGUAACUUUAAUCAUAAAGGUCUUUUUCUGUGUUUCAGGAAACCGUAAAUGUGUUUAUAAAACAUAUUUUCUUACCAUGCUCUACCUUCAUACUCAGAAGUAACAUUCUAGUGCCUGUUGAAUUUAAGAAACAUCUAGUAAUUACUUGUUAGCGUUCAGUACAAGUUCACCUCAACAUAUAAGUUAGAAAACACAUUUUUCUGAAAGGUCUGACAAAUCCAACUUGGAGCUCAAAACUGCUUAAAAAAAGCAAAAACGUACAUACUUUAUUUAAAAUCAAAUUUUCUGCUGAGGUCUAAAUGAGAAUAUCAAUACCAAUGUGGUUAGCCUAUCUUAGCAUAAACACUUGAAGCAGUGGGAAGCAGCAAGCUUGGCUUUGCCCAAAGUUAUACACUACAACCAUGAAAAAAUUCUAAAGGGGUUUUAUUUUGUUUAGCUUAGCUUAGCUUUGCUUAGCUAAGUCAGUCAAUACUUUGUUCAAAAUCCAUUAGUUUAUAGCAAACAAUUAGCUUGCUAUGUAGUAUAAAUUUCUUUGAGGAAAUGAAGCUUUCUUUCUAUUUUGUGUUGUUAGUGUUUUUUAUUUAUUACAGCUGGAAUCUCCAAUAAGAACACAGACAGCAGCGAUCAUCUUGUGCAAUGAUGUCAACACUCACAAGUCAUAAAAAUGGGAAGCUAGCUUAAUCUUUCAUCAAAUUUAAUCUUAUUACCCACACUUACGCUAUAGUAGAUACCCAUUUAUUUGGAUAGAAAAUAUUCUUUUUUAGACAACUGAUGAAAGAAAUCCUUUUUUAGAAAACCAUUGGAGAAGCUAGUAAACAGAGGCUACUUAGAAGACUGGGACAGGACUUUGGCCAAGAUCGCAUAUUUUUUGGCUCUGUAGAAAUGGCUUUGCAGGAAUUCAUAUUACAAUGCAUUCUGUUAUUUCACGCAGAUUAACUCGCACUUUAAUUUCUUUUUUUUUUUUAUUAAACUAAUGCUUUUGCCCUUUGUCACAACAUUUUUAAAACUCUCGUGUUCUCAUGAUUUUGGGGGAAUAUCACAAUUUCACAGAAAAAUUAAUCAACAUUGUAGGUAAUUCUUACAAACCAUUGUCCUAGUAUACUUGAUCGUGAAUCAUAAAUGGUGGAAAAAAUUUGUUUCGCAUAAGAACCUGUGAAAAGUGUUGUUUUAACUAAUGCACAUACCCCAAAACAUUUGAGUAAAUAUAAUAAAUAUAUGAUCUUUUAUUGAUAGGUUUUCAAAGGCACAGAGGUACAGGAAAAUGUUCAUGUGUAAUGACUGGAUGAUGGAUCAGCACAAGGUUCUGAUCCUUCACUGUAUGUAGAUUUAUUCAUCUGCUAACCUGACAAUGUGUGUUUUUAUGAUGUAAAACUUAAGCGUAUUUUAAAAAAUAUUGUUUUAUGAGGCACAAGUAAACAACAGUUUUGAGAGGUUUUGAAUGUUACGCAGAAAAUUGCCCAUUGGCACUGAUGUUUUUACCAUACCAACAUCAUAUGUGUUUGUACCAUUGUAACAGUUUGUACAUCAAAUACAACUUUCUCAUUGUUUAUUCUUGUAACGUCAUCGUAGGAAACAUGGUUUGGAUGGACUGGACCAAGUGUAGACUUUUGAAAUGGACAGAAACAGCACUACCAGUAACCAGAAACCAACUUGUCUGAACUGGACAAGAGCCCAAAUCAGUGACUCUUCUGAGGAAGUGGAGAAGUGGGCAGAAAUCCAGAUCUAAGUUGUCCAAAUAUCCAAUAAAAGAUGUUUAUACAAA